AGACGACACCGAUUCUCUCAUCAAAAUUCUUCCCAGCUUGAAAGGAAAGGGAUAGAAAAGCAUCAACAAAAAACACGAACUCGUGCCAGAAUGGACGUUCUGCGUUCAGUUAUACUUCGAAAAUCAUGCGCCCAUCAACAAGUAGCAGUGAAGCUUCAGAACAAGCUGUCAUCGGGUCGGAUAAUAGCAGCUUGGGCAGCGACAGCGAUAGCGAAGAAGGUUGGGGUUUUCUCCUUGGCGGCCUUUCGACCGAGUCGAUGGCAUCAGCGAACUGGGAAAAGAAGGAAGAAGAGGGCAUCAGCAAUACGAGUGGGCGGAUCAACGAACCAAUCGAAAGUAAGAAUGUCGUGUCUGUGUUGCCCAUGGGUUCUUCUUCUAGAGAGGUUCCAUCGUACGAGGUGACUGGUGGCGAGAGCAAGCAAUGUGGCGCAACUGCCGCGACCAGUGACAACAUUGUAGAGCAGAAGAUUUCGCAGCGUGCGUUUUGCUUGUCUCCCAAUGGCCAGAUUCUGAAGCCACCGGUUCAAAUAUUGGACCGCUCCUGCGAGCAAAAAGGCAACAUAACGAUUGCUACAAGCGAUAUUGACAAGGGACAGGUGAUUUUUACUGAAAAGGCCCUGUUGGGAAUCCAGGUUGUUCCCUCCCAGACAACGUCUUUGGCCGACACAAAAAGCGGCAUGUAUGCGGUUCGAUCUUGCCAGCUGUGCUUCCGCUCUCUGGAAUCGGCUUCGUGUUUGUCGGAAGAAGGUCUUCCAUUCUCAGAGCUGUGGCCUAUUCCCGAGUACGACGAUCCGACGACGAUGGAGUGCGUUGCGAUAGGAGAUCCAAACGAACCCGCUGUUGCCACGCACGAGUACACGCGAACAAAGAGCGGAAUCCUUACCUGCCGGGACUGUGGGGUCAUGUUUUGCAAUCGAUUUUGCGCCUCGAAUCAUUCAAAGGUAGUGGGUGAUUGUUGUCGUUGCACACGCGCGAUCAAAGGAGUGGUAAAAUCCAUCGUCUCCGGUGAGAGGGAAAGAAGACAAUUGACCGAACAAUACAACAACAAUUUGGACACCAGCAACAGUGAUAACAGCGGUAUCUGCAAUUGUGGUGCGGAGCAAGAAGACUUUGGUGAUUCUGAAGCCCUUGUGGACAUAGAUCCAGUUUUGAUUUUGGCAGCCAAAAUGUUCGUUGCACACGUCCAUGUAUGCCGAAAGAAUGGAGAUGGGUUUCGUGGCAAUGACGGUGAUAAUGAGGUUGCCUCGGAUACUCUCUUUUACGGACUAUGUGGGCAGGCCGAAGAUGUAGCAUCACUUAGCUUGGGGUCUGCUUCUAUACCGUCGUCGUUCUCGGACGACGGCGACCAGAAUUCCAAAUCGCCGUUACCACUUCUCAAGGAAUACAACGCCAUCGCGGAUGCCAUUGAGUUGACUGAGAUGGAACGCAGAAGCAGUUCUUUGUGUUCGCUACAACAAUUUCAGAAGAUCGCUGCAAUAGCACAAAGAAACUCGAUAUCCUUGGCCACUGGAUCGCCGUUUCGAACCUACUAUCAAGGCAUGAUCCGAAAGACGGGAGGGAGAGGUUCAAGUCGGCAGCAGCAAGUUGUUUCGGAUGUGGCUAGGCUUUUGGGUGCGAAAGAUGGGAAACUCACGAAAGAUAUGGAUCGGAUUGUGGAAGAGAAGGUACGAUAUCGUUUGCAAACUAGCAUUGCUGAUGCAAUUCACUGUGCCGGCGGACCGACCGGUGUCCGCGAAGACUUGAAACGUUUGGAACCAGUAAUAGACUCUUCGUCGUUUCUAACCAUAAUUUUCCUGAACCUUGUUUUGCAAUACUUGCUUGCAUUAUGGUGUCACAAAAUUAUGAGAUCCGCAGUGCGUUGUCAAAAUGGGAGGGAUAUUCACGCUGACCGCUAGAAUGAAUCAUUCCUGCGAUCCGAACGCUGAAAUACGAGCCCAGGAAUACGUAGAUUGCAACGUCGAUAUCGUUGCGAAGAAAAACAUUCGUAGAGGAGAGGAAAUUUGUAUCAGUUACGUCUACCUUGGACAAAACCCAAGCAAUAGCGUUAUUGCAAGGAAUAGACGGCAGAGAGAGUUGAGAUCGAGAUAUUUGUUUCAGUGCCAGUGUUCCUGGUGCAGUAGAUGCUAAUCAUAGUUUACAGUCAUUGGCGACAUUUUGUAGGGCUCGCAAACAUAGCUCGAAAUUGUCUUCCACUGCGCUUGAAAUGAUUUUGUUGCCUUGCGAACUAUUGUGUGAUAUAUUUGUUGUCUGCCAUUGUUUCCACCGUAACAAUUCCGUCAUCAAAGAGGGUUGAAUUGGCACUGAUAACUGCUAUUCCUUAACACCAAUUGAUGAGAAGCCAAUUCUUGAGUAGAUAAUGAGCGAACCAUAUCCUUGCCCUUUGAUGCAAACCCCAUGAUGCUAUCAUAUACUGGAGAGCUUAAUAGUAUUCAGCAAAUGGAAGUACAUUUAUCAAAGUCCUUCUACUUCACUCUACUACUAGUAAUACUAUAAAAGCAAUUGUUCAAGUAUUGAAAAAACUGCUCGCCAGCUCAUUUUUUCUACAAUAUCAUUACUUCAAUUACUAGUACGUCACACAAACCGAUAUAAUGGUGUUUUAAAUUUCCUGCGUGCACGAAAACAAAUUCCCGCGCAUGUUUUUCUAUGCUCAAAUUAGAAUCUCAUGGCCCUUUUCCCUGGAACAUGUUCUCGCACCCUUCGUUUCUCAGCACAAAUUUCAUGCCCUUUUUUAGGGUUUUAUCGUUGCCGUUUAUUUUCUCAUUACAACCWCUAAAAUAUCAUCAUUUCGACAUUUUUCUUAUAUUUYCUUUCAAAAUCGAAGCCACUGUAUAUGUUUUUCUUUUGGUUUCACCAACAUCCAUUUAC